AUGCCCAGCCAGGUGCCCCGCUCGGGCCGGUUCAGGUCCCGCGACGAGAGGAUGGCGGGCUCGCUGCCCCCGGCGGGCGUGCCCUCACCGCCGCCGCCGCCGGACGCCGGGUCGCUGUGCGGAGUCCACCAGUGCGGCCUCGAGGUGGGCCGCAGGAUGAACUCGUCGCGGUUCACGUUCAGGUGCCGGAGAGGGCCGCUGCCAAUUCUCGGCGCGGCUCUGGUAGCGUAUCUGAUCGACCCAGGCUUGGAUCUGCUGAUGGUGCAUCGGCCCAGAACCGAGGGCCGGGACUCAGGUGAGGGCGUGAGCAUGGUGGCCGCGGGAACAUGGAAGUUUGGGCUUGGCUGGCUGGGGCGGGAUCAAGCGGAGUGACGAGGCGGCACCACCACAGCUCAAACUGCCACCUAUCCCCAGCUCAUCCCAUCCCAACGGACUCCCAACCUGUCUG